AUGAUGACGACUAAUGAGAAGAGGGAGCUGAAGUAUGCUCUUGGUAGCCGGAAUGUUUCUGAGUUGGUCGUUGCUGAAGGUCUUGACACUGCUUUGAGACAUAAUGAUAUAAUAGACUUGUCAAAUGCAAAACGCGACGAAGCUGGUGAAGCUUGUGAUUAUAUUUUUGUUUGGGCCUCUGAUAAAUACGAGAAAGUUCAGGGUGUGGUAGAAUCUGUUAUCAGUACUAACAAUACCAGCAGGUAUAAAAUUAUACUACAGAUUCAACGCAUUGAGAAGACAUGGAAGAUUGCCUUCGCACUCGAUGGUGUCACAUGCCCCAGGGGUAACGAGACUUAUGCAGAUGAAGCAAUUCAACUAUUGAGGGAAGCCAUAGUUCGGAGAACGGUGGAGGUUGAACUGAGGACGUUACUUGAUCCUAUUGAUAUAAAGGGAUAUUUCGUGGGAACUUUAUGGGAGUCAAAUACCGAUGUGGCAAUCCCCCUCCUUCAAGCUGGCCUUGCGAAAUUGAGAAAACCUUAUCAGUUGGAUUAUGGCACCCAACUUGCUGAUGCUCAGGAGCCUGCGAAAACGAAGAAAAUGAAAAUAUGGGAGAAUUAUGAUGAAUCAUCUUCUAGCAACAACAACUAA